CCCCACACACACACGCAUACACAACCUCCCCCUUAUUACACCAUACACCAUGCUAGAGUCACUUUUCUUCCUCAACUCUGUCGGAGACAUCAUCAUUGAGAAGCACUACCAGGGCACCAUCCCGCGGACGGUGUGCGAGACGUUCUGGGAAGAGGUGAAUGCUGCCGACUCGCCUGCCGACGUGCUGCCCAUUCUGGCCACCUCCUCCUUCUACCUUGUCCACGUCCAGCGCGAGGACAUGUUCUUCCUGGCCGUUAUCAAGGACGAGACGCCGCCGCUGCUGGUCAUCGAGUUCCUGCAUCGGGUGUGUGACAGGACCAACGCGCUUCCCGCGCCAACGCGAGAACCGCCAAGCAGCAUUUUGUCGUCGUCUACCAGCUCCUCGACGAGAUGAUGGACUCGGGUGUCCCGCUUACCACAGAGCCCAAUGUACUCAAGGAGCUCAUCCGCCCGCCCACCGCCAUGGCCCGGGUCAUGAAGAGCAUGACCGGCGCCUCGGGCGUUGCCACCGUCCUCCCGGACGGCACCCUCACCAACGUGCCGUGGCGCAAGGCCGGCGUCAAGUACUCCAACAACGAGAUGUUCUUUGACAUUGUCGAGGAGAUCGAUGCUAUCAUCGAGGCUAACGGCAUCCCGGCCACCUUUGAAAUUUCCGGCCGCAUCAUGGCAAACUCGAAGCUCUCGGGCAUGCCCGACCUUAACCUUGUCUUCGCCAAUCCCCGCAUCCUCGACGAUGUUGCCUUCCACCCCUGCGUCCGCUACGCCACCUUUGAGUCGGACCGCAUCAUCUCCUUCAUUCCGCCCGACGGCGAGUUUGAGCUCAUGACCUACCGCGUCCACCACCAGUCGCAGCUCCCGCUCUACUGCAAACCGCAGAUCACCUUCUCCGAGGGCUACGCCAACGUCAACAUCAUGGUAGGCUCCAAGCCGCUCUCCGAGGACGUCCGCGUCGCAGACGUCUCGGUCACCAUCCCCUUCCCCAAGAUCAUCUCCUCCGCCGACCUCUCUGCAAACCACGGCAAGGUCGUCUACGACGAGAUCUCCAAGACCGCAACCUGGACCGUCGGCAAGAUCCCGCAGUCCAAGACACCCACGCUCACCGGCUCGCUCGUCCUUCCGGUCAGCGACUCGGUCACCAUCCCCGAGUCCAACCCGAACGUCUCGCUCAGCUUUGUCCUCCCCUCGUACGCCAUCUCCAACCUCAAGGUCGCCACCCUCACCGUCCGCAACGAGGACUACACCCCGUUCAAGGGCGUUCGCUCCGUCACCCGCGCCGGCUCCUUCGAGAUCCGUUGCUAAGCUCUCCCCCCUCUCCCUCCUACACACGCACCCUUUGCAAACUCUAUGUCCCUAUCCUCAGCCAAACUCUUCGUCCACCAGCGGCAGUCCGUUCACCUCAACCGCGCCCAGCUCUUCCGGUUCUGCCCCG